AUGACAGUUAAUAACGAAUCACACUCCUUCCUUGUUGAUACCGGAGCAACUGUUUCAUCAGUACAAUGUUCCUUAGCCCUCCAGACUACUGGACAGCAUGAAAUGUUACAAGGCUUUGAUGGAAUUCCACACCCUUAUCCCCUAACUGUACCAGUGCCUGUCCAAUAUGAAGGAAUCCGCAUUAUGCACCAAUUUGUGGUGACUAACAAUCUGGACAUUAAUGUUUUGGGACGAGACCUACUUUGUCGACUACAGCUUCUGCUUGUAUGUCAGCCGCAUUCCAUAGAGGUUGAACACGCUCCACAUCGACAGUGCUAUCAGCAUCGAACACCCCAAUGGUGGAGCCUGGACUUGGAGGACCAAGUCACACUUGCAUAUGAUGCGAGUGGAUCCAACUCGGAACUGGAGCAAUUCUUUGGGCCCCAUGAGGGCAGUCAGUGGACCAUCACCGAGUUGGCUACCGUAACCGGUCGGGAAGGAGAAGCGUUGGCCGUGUCGAUAUCUAUGUCCAACUGGAGGCAAAGUCCUGGCAUCGCACCUCAUCUUACGCUAAAAGUAUACUUUCCAUAUACCGCCAAAGACCUCGGACCAAUGGUUUUUCAGGCCUUGAAGGGAUCAGAUGAAAAUACCCAAGGCCCCCAGCAAGUUACCUCCGACCUGUCCAUUACCUAUUCACCCACCCGACCUACUCAGGAGGGUACCUUGAGACACCAUAAGGGCCGAGAUAUUGUGGAAUUUACUGAUCCGGAAGUAUGGGCGGAUGAUCAGACUCAAGUAGGACUUACAAAUGUUGAACCAGUCCUAGUGAAGGUCAAGCCCGGUGUAGCCAUGCCAUCUAUACAACAAUAUCCCUUGAAAGUCCAGGCCGUACCCUGUAUCGAUGUGUUACCCAAAGGACUAUUGAAGCAAGGUAUCUUGAUCACCUGCCAGUCCUGCUGCAACACACCAAUUCUCGCAGUCCCAAAACCAGGAAAACCGAAUCAGUAUCGUCUAGUCCAGGACCUGCGGGCCAUCAAUGCCAUAGUACAACCAUUACAUGCUCUUGUUCCUAACCCAGCACAUAUUCUUGCUACCAUCCCGGCUAAAGCAACAGUCUUUGGAUCGGUGGAUCUCCAACAUGCCUUUUUCUCGAUUCCUUUACAUCCGGACUGUCAGUACCUGUUCGCAUUCACCUAUAAUGGACAACAGUACACAUGGACCAGAUUGCCACAGGGCUUUGUAAACUCACCGACCCUAUUUUCUCGUUGUCUGCAGCAGCAAUUACAAAACCUGCAGUUACCUGAGGGGUCUGCAUUGAUCCAGUACGUCGAUGACCUUUUAGUGGCCAGUGAAACGGAGGAGCAGAAUAGGGAAGCUAUAAUUUUGUUGUUGAACUUUGUAGAGACAUUGGGGUACGUUGUGUCCCCCUCCAAAGUACAUGUUGGACAAAAGGAGGUGAAAUUCCUCGGAGUCAUAAUCUCGGCAGAAGGCCGUCGGUUGGACGAGAGCCGCACAGACCCCAUUUACAGAACAGCCCCCCCCACGUCAGCCAGGGGAAUGCGACAGUGGCUGGGAAUGAUCAACUACUGCCGUCAGUGGAUUCCGAAUGUGGCCCUGGACAUAAAGCACCUGACCCCUUACACCAGUGAGGAAAGUACCUUUGUAUUGUCAGGUGAAGCCUUGACAGCGUUCAAUAAUCUAAGAGAGGCCCUGCAGAAGGCUCCUGCGCUGGGGCGACCCCUGUAUGAUAGACCUUUUCAGCUCUAUUGUACCGUCCUGGGUGAAUGUGCCACUGCGGUUUUGACCCAGCUGCAUGGGGAUAAGCACCGACCAGUGGCGUAUUAUUCAUCCAAGUUGGACCCUGUGGCACUGGGGUAUCCCCAUUGUACACAGGUUUUAACAGCGGUAUACAAUAGUCUUCAGUCGGCCGCCAACCUGACUCUCCAGCAGGACAUUACCGUAUAUUCCUCCCACUCUGUGACCGCCCUACUGGGACAACUCCAGACCCAGCAUUUGACCUCAGCCAGACAAAAUAAAUAUGAGAUCUACCUGUUGAAUAAUCCCAAGCUACAGUUCCGGCACUGCACCACUAUCAACCCUGCUGCGUUUCUCUGCUCUCCUCCUGAUCUCCUCGCUCCAUGCGACCAUAACUGCUUGGAGGCUAUUCUCGCGGAUACCAGUCCGCGCCCUGACCUUAGCGAUCAACCUCUAGCCUCUCCAGAUUUGAUCCUCUAUACUGAUGGAAGUUCGUCCAUCAACGAGCAGGGACGCCGACUGUCAGGCUUUGCGGUAGUUAAGCAAGAUGGAAUCUUGCUGGAUUGUGGCAGUUUUGACCCUCCGUUUUCAGCUCAGCAGGCUGAGUUGUUUGCCCUCACCCGAGCGUGUGUUCUCGCGGAGGGGCGCUCCGUCAAUAUUUACACCGACUCCCGAUACGCAUUUGGAGUCGUUCACGAUUUCGGACAGUUAUGGAAAAACAGGGGAUUCCUUACCUUGACGGGCCAUAAGAUUUCCAAUCAGAUCCUGGUCUCUGACCUGUUGAAUGCUAUCCUCCUGCCCUCUGCGGUAGCUGUAAUCAAAUGUGCGGCCCACACGACAGGAGAUUCCCCAGUCCAAAUCGGUAACAGGUUGGCUGACGAUGCGGCUAAGUGUGCUUCACGCGGUAGAUUUAAAGUGGUGGGUAGUAUGAUGAGGCAGGUGAAAAGCCUUUAUAUGGGCUCGUCUGAAUCUGAGAAACCUAUGCCAACCAUAAAUGAUGUAUUGCUCUUACAGGGGGACGCCUCUGCUAAUGUUAUAAUGGAAUGGGAGCAGCUGGGCUGUCGGAAGGCUGACUCUGGAUUGUGGCUCACCCCGGCCGGACAGACCUGUAUGACAGACCAGUUAGCGACCUGGGUCAUUGAUUGCCUACAUUUAGCCACUCACUGUGGGGCCACCUUGCUAGUAGACGCUCUCUUACAGGCAUGGUGGCAUCCUCGACUUAAGGUUUUGGCAGCCCAAACUAGUGCACGGUGCCUCACCUGUGCUACACACAACCCUGGUAAAGGAGUUGUCUGCCAGACGGGUCGUACUCCAUUACCUACUGCUCCGUUUGAAACCUUGCAGAUGGAUUUUAUUGAUUUGCCUAAGUGUCAGUGUUAUAAACAUGUACUUGUUAUUGUUGAUGUGUUUUCUAGGUGGAUUGAAGCCUUUCCAACCACUGAUUGCACUGCCUCUACGGUGGUGUCUAUUUUAUUACGGCAGGUUGUUCCUCGUUUCGGGGUUCCAAACACCAUCAGUUCGGAUAACGGCCCUCACUUCAUUGCCGCUAUCAAUAAAGAAUUGUACCGACAGCUGGGCGUAACCCAGCGGCUGCAUUGUGCUUAUCGCCCACAAGCUGCAGGAAUGGUGGAACGCUUGAACCAGACCCUGAAGACCAAGCUUGCCAAGCUGGUGGACCAAUCAGGCUCCACCUGGGUUAAAAUGUUGCCUGUUGCUUUGUUCCAGAUCAGAGUCCUUCCAGCAGGGAAGACAAGGUUGUCUCCUGCAGAGAUCAUCUAUGGCCGACCUCUGCGCACCCCUUGGACAGACAUUAUCCCGGCCACAAUGACGUUGCAUCACAUGACGGAGGAGAUGAUACGAAAUAAAUCGCUGAGAUGAGGGUCUUCGUGGCAUUAAUAUGUGUGGCGACCACUGCAGGGUUAAUCGGUUUCGGCUGGAAAUGGACAAAGACUGAAUACGGACGGAACAAACGAGGAAAGAGAGGGGAACGAGA